CCCCGUCUCUUUUCUUCUCCCCAUCCUUCUCUCUCUUCCCCCUUCCUCUUUCCUCCCCCUUUCUUUCCCUCUAACACAGUUGAUAUUUGUCCAUUCUACUGAGUCCAAACUAUCCUACUCCAACGACCAAGGAGCACAACGUGUCUCACAGUAAUCUCACCCCUCCGACCCUCGUUACUAACCACUGUUGUCUACCAUCCUACUAGAGAGGCUGGAUGCUAAUGAGAGAUGCAACUAGAAACACACUGUACUUGAUAGAGGACUAUGGCAAGACACUGAAAGAAGUCCAAGAAAACGUUCACUUCUACCAGUGGGGUGAUGCAGCCUGGGAUGAUGAUGAUAGGAGGGUCUAUUUCACAACCGCGGACCCUAAUCCAAAUUCUGACAUUGAGGAUGAAACAGUCAACCUCUUCGUAUCUGACUACCCGUACACCGGGGGAUCUAACGAGUUUGAUAAAAACCUCGGAGACCACGAUGGGUUCUUGUUGGUCGGUCGCUACAUAUUUGCUCAGCGGACAGACGACGGAGUGAUUGGUCUGCAUGUGAGCGACAGACGCAAGCCGUUUAAGAGGGCCAUGAUACCAGUACCUGAUGAACAUCGCAACUACCUAGUGAUCCGUAUCAACGACGUGCAAGCUCUAGUGAUAGUGGAGCACGCGGGAGGUUUCUACAAUCUCUACCUGUCAGAUGAGUCCGGAGUCUACUACAGUCUCUCUCUACGAGACCUUGUCAUUGACAGCGACUACAACAUUGAUCUGGAGCUGAUUGAGGGUCUCAAUGGGACACUGGUAGCCAACCAGUACACGAGAGAAGACACGUCAGACCUGGCCUCUUCCAUUAGAACGGUCAUCUCACUGGACAAUGGCGGAUUCUGGGAAGGCUUACUGCUUCCUGACGAGGACAUAAAUGGAGACACAAUAAACUGUGAGCCUCCAAACUGCUCCCUCCACCUCCAUAUGGACUUCACCAACUACGCCAGAUUGGGAGUCUACUCCACCGAGUCUGCCCUUGGGAUUAUUGUGGCUCAUGGUACCAUUGGUAUUGAACUGAGUAUCAACCCAGAUCUGUUCAUCUCUCGCGAUGGCGGCGUUACGUGGGAGCAGACGCUCGCCGGGAGCUGGGGGGUUAACCUGGCAGAUCACGGAGGGUUAAUGGUGGCCGCCAAAGACUACCACCAGGAACAGUCCACGGUCCUCAAGUACAGCUGCAACGAGGGCUACAGCUGGAGGGAUUUCACUUUCAGCUCCACUGAUAUCACGAUCUAUGGUGUGGUCACGGAGCCAGGCCAGCACACUACCAUCAUAGUUUCCUACUGAGGCUCGUGGGAUAAUUCAAGUGGACCGUCAUUACACGUGGAUUUUGCUAACACUCUUCUCCCGCCAUGUGCGACGACCAAGACUACUAUCUGGAGACCUUGGGACGAGAGGACAGAGAGUCAGUGUCUUUUGGGGAGCUCCAUCACGAUCGAGAGACGAAAGCCUCAUAUCUGCUGUCUCAACGGACGCGACUAGGACCGGGAGUUUGACAACCACAUCUGUGACUGUGCCAGUGAGGACUACGAGUGGCCCCCUGCAGCAGUUGGCUCAUCUGCUACCCCGGGGCUGUGUAGUCGCUAUGCCGAUCCGAAACACAAAGGCAACGUCCUCUGGAAGAAAUUCAUCUCUGACAUUGAGCAAGUGCCCACAGAUGAAGUCCCAUUACCUCAUCCAGGAGCAGUAGACUUUUCUACCACCAUAGGAGAAGGUGAGGGUGAGGUAUUGGAGAAGGCACUACACAGGAUGAGCGAGAGAGUCCAACAGAGGAGGGUGCUCACCAAACCUUGCUUCCAGGACUUUGACAAGCACCACAAUGGAUAUGUGACAUGCAGUCAGUUUAGACAGUGUCUUUCCUAUCUUGGACUGAUAAAGAUAAAGCUUAUGGAAAUGAGAUGCAGUGUUAGGGAAAACGGUGACUCACGGAUUGUAUUCUCUCUGCCCUCAGCUGAGCUAUGCUGGCAGGAGAGUGGACAACGUCUACCAUUAUCCCACUGUGAGGAGAGAGAAAGGAGAGAGAGAGGAUAAAUAGCGGAGGUUAGGGAGAGACAGUUCUAACUACUACUCCUUGAGAAGCUCACUGUGCAUGGAGUGCUUCUGCAGUGACUCCCACCUGUGAGGAGGUACGCAAGCCUCACUAAGAUUCACACGCACACAGAAUGAGGGAAAGCUAGCACGCAGGAUCGUGCAUUCAUGUGCAUGCUACUUCAGCUUGUGUAUAUACGUACUACAUUCCCUGCAACCCACACACACACCAUUAUGCAGAAUAAUAAUGUGAAAUCUUGGACUUGUGGGGAAGACUUACGCGAAUUUCGACUGCUGGUUUCUCUUGGAUGCGGUUGAGAGGAGCCAGUUGAAACUGGUUGAAUACUGGUCAGUCAGGUCUCGCCCGCCGUCCGCCAUCACCAGACCCUUUGUCCGU